AUGGUCAACACCGUCUACAGUGAUGAGGAACGAGGAAGCUCAGACAAGGAGAGCAAGGAGGAGAGCAUCCUGGCCAUGUUAGGCAUCAUCGGGACCAUCCUCAACCUGCUGGUCAUCAUCUUCGUCUACAUCUACACCACCCUGUAG